UCUUAAUCCUCAAUUACUCAGAAAGAGAGAGAGAGAGAGAGGGAGAGGGAGGGAGAGGGACAUGGUUGGACCUGCGAGGCCUCAGUUUGUUCUCUUUGGAUCCUCCAUCGUUCAGCUAAGUUUCAGCCAUGGCGGUUGGGGUACCAUUCUUUCUGACAUAUACUCUCGUAAGGCAGACAUAUUGUUACGAGGUUACUAUGGAUGGAACUCAAGACGUGCCCUUCAAGUCCUCAAUCAAGUUUUCCCAAAGGAUGCUGCUGCACAGCCUUCUCUUGUGAUAGUUUAUUUUGGAGGUAAUGAUUCCAUGGGUCCUCACUCAUCUGGCCUAGGCCCUCAUGUGCCUCUUCAUGAAUAUAUUGAAAACAUGAGAAAGAUUCUGAUUCAUAUUCAGAGCCUCUCUGAAAGGACACGCCUCAUUGUUCUCAGCUGUCCUCCUGUCAAUGAGGAAAAAGUGCGUGGAAACACAAGUGGAAUUUUUAGUGAGCUGGUAAGAACAAAUGAAUUAUGCCGAAGCUAUUCAGAAGCUGGUAUAAAGUUAUGCCGGGAACUAGAUGUGAAAGUUGUUGAUCUUUUUACUGCACUACAGAAGAGAGAUGACUGGAUGAAUGCUUGUUUUACUGAUGGUAUCCAUUUAGCAGCUGAGGGAAGCAAAAUUGUGGUGAAGGAGAUACUGAAAGUGCUUAAGGAGGCUGACUGGGAACCAUGCCUCCACUGGAAGUCCAUGCCUACUGAAUUUGCAGAAGACUCACCAUAUGAUCUUGUUGCUGCUGAUGGGAAAACUACACUGAAUCCUUCUGAGUGGACUUUUUAUAGAGAAUUUCAGUGGGAUUAGCUUCUUAGUUUAUCAACUUUAAUCAUUUUUUCUGGUUUCCAUUUAGAAACAACUUGCCUGCCAGAUCUCACAGGAUGUUGCAGUUUUUCUUAUUCAUGUUUUGUUUAGACAUAUUGAUUGGUUAUUUGGUGACAGAAUAGCCUUAUAUUUUUUAUAGUCUUUGUCAUUCAUCAAGUUUGUAAUUUUAUGAUUCAACUGAA